UUUCAGCUAAUCGAUUGGUAUAGUCUCAGUGCCAGAGGUUCACAUGAUCUAACCGGAAGUGUGCGCGAGCACGUUCAGCGGCAAGAUGGUGGCCACCAGGAGAGGAACACGCGUGAGUUCCCCAGCGAAACACACAAACGAUGAAGCCGCAGGAACACCGAUAUCUACCAUCAGAAGUACAAGACGUAGAACAGUGAUAGUGACAACGCAGUCCCAAUCCGAACAGACCAGUGAUUCCCAGCAGGAUGAAGCAGAAGAGCAGAACACGGCUCCAGUUGAAACAGCAAGCUCACCAAAAAGGGAAACUAGAAGUUCUAAAUGUCGUCCCACAGACAAACAGCCAGAAUCCACACAUGAAGCAGAUGUGUCUGAAUCUGAGUCUUGUUGUUCUGUGGCCUCAGAUAUACAGCUGACUACUCAAAGCAGAAGGAGAGCAACGGUCCGAGCGAAACCUACAGCCGUGGAUGAACAGGAGGCAUCUAAAGCUGAAUCUAGUUCUUCAUCAUUGGGUAAAACCCCACGCAGAUCCACAAGAGGUCAGAAGAAACCCGUUCCUGUUUUAGAGUCCACCACUUCACAGGAUGAUGAGCACUCUGAGGCUGAGUCUUGCAGCUCUGUGGCAUCUCUGUCCACUAGGAUCACGAGGAGCCGCAGGAAGCCUGCUGUUGCUCCUGAAGAUGCAGCUCACUCAGAGGCAGAUUCUUGCUCGUCUGUAGUUUCUGGCCCUCAGGGAUCCACUGUCCGCAGGUCCACACGCAGCAGAGUGAAGGUCACCGAGCCGAUCCCCAUCCACUUGGAGCAAAGUGAAACUGCAGAGGCUUCUGCUGCCUUUGAGCCCAGGAGCACAAGGGCACGCAGAGUCAAAGCAAAGUCUGUUGAGGAAGUCCAGGCUUAUGACUCUGAGGGAUGUCACUCUGGUCCUAGCUUGAGUCCUAAAAGAACCACUCGUAGUUGGGUUGCUGAUUCUGAUUCUGAAUCAGUAUCGACUGCGUGCACUUCUCUUGAUAGUCCUUGUUCUACACGGGGCAGGGGAACCCCUCGAAGUAGCCGAACUGGCUCAGCUAGUAGCAACCGUGCUGUUCGAGUUCCUAGAUCAAGACAUGUCAGGGUCGCAUUAGAUGUUCUUAAUAUUCCUUCAUCGGUCUCCAAAAGCGUCAAAAAGAACAGUGAAGAGAAUGAACCUGAGAAAGACCAGGCUGAAACUACAGAGAAUAUUCCUUGCCUGUCUGUAAGCACAACAAAGUCUGACACAGAGGAUGUAGAGGAGGUGGAGGAGGACGCAAAUAAUAAAACAGUUAUUGCCGCAGAUCAAGAAUGUUCCAUUGCUGAGGACAAUAAUGGGGAUCUUACUCUAACUUUUGAUGAGGAUGAGGCUGAAGUGGUUAAACCUGAGAGCAGACGAGCUAUUUCUUCUGCGACUGAGAAGGAUGUUGAGAAAUGUCGGGAGAUUGCAGAUGAGGCCAUGGAAACACAUGAGCCCAUCUCUGUGCAGGAAGUCCAAGCCAUGGAAGAGGAAUCAAGUUCCACAUCUGUGACGCCCCAAAGGAGUGUCACAGGGACUAAAGAGGAUCAGUCAGACCUCGCAGAAGAACCUGAUACUGAAGUCCAGCAAAGCUCUGAUCCAGACAAACAUGAAGAGAAUUUAAAAGUACCUGGUGUGAUGGAAGACACGACUAACGAGGAAGGACCUUCAUCAAGCUCGGAAGUGUCUAAGACGAGUGUUGAGAAGACCAAGCCUGUGAAGGGAUGUGUCAGCUUGCUGGACAGCAGUGAGGAUGAGGAGAGUGAUGAUGAUGGACUCUCAGUGGAUGGAGGCAAUGACGAGGCUGGGGACUUGGACAGUGAGGAUGAAAUGUGCUGUUCUGAGGAUCAGUCAGGUCCCUCCGGUGCACCAGACUCCCUCUCAGGUAACGGGCUGUUUGUUAUUGACGCGCGCCCUGGAUGUCAGCCGAGUGAGAAGUACUAUAUUGAUACUACACAGAAUGAAGGAGAUGACAACGUCAAGGACUCCAAAGCUGUUGAGGACGAAGAGGAUUUUGUUGACGAGGAGGGAGAUGAUGAGGAGGAGGAGGAUGAAGACUCAAAAGUACUCUUCACUACUAGGAAGCCGGCACUGAAUGAAUUAUCCAGUUCUAUUGACCCAGGGUUGAAAGUAAAGACUCUUGGUGGAUUAUAUAUCAACUUCGAUGGCAGCAAAUCCAAAUCUGUCUCUGACAACCUGAAAAAGCUGAAAGAUCAGAAGAAUCAAGAUGAGUUGCUGAAGAAGAGUGUGAUUGUUGCAGACUUUGAAAAGAAAGACACUGUGCCACCAUACAAGGAAUCCAAACAUGCUGCUAAAUUAAAGCGCAGGGAGGAGAGAGCUAAGACCACAGGAGAUGGCUGGUUCAACAUGAGAGCUCCUGAAUUAACAGAAGACCUGAAGAAUGAUCUCAAGGCCCUACAGAUGCGUUCAGCCAUGGACCCAAAGCGCUUUUACAAGAAGAAUGACAGAGCAGGAUUUCCCAAAUACUUCCAAGUUGGAACGGUGGUUGAUAACCCCAUAGACUUCUACCAUUCCCGAAUUCCUAAGAAAGAGAGGAAGAGGACUAUUGUGGAAGAAUUGCUUGCUGAUGCAGAGUUCAGAAGUUUUAACAAGAGGAAGUAUACAGAGAUCAUGGCAGAAAAAGCAGCAGCGGCAGCUGGAAAGAUGAAUAAAAAGAAGCAUAAAUUUCAUAAAAAGAAAUGAUAAGCUUGACUUGUGCCACCAGUUUGGAGGAUUCGACAUGACAGUUCUCAUUUAAGACCUCUCACAGACUGUUCACCAAUAAAUCAUGUACACCA